AGCUCGCGGCACUCCAAGCUGGAGAAGGCCGACAUCCUGGAGAUGACGGUGAAGCACCUGCGGAGCCUGCAGCGGGCGCAGAUGACGGCCGCACUCAGCGCCGACCCCACGGUGCUGGGCAAGUACCGCGCCGGCUUCAACGAGUGCAUGAACGAGGUGACGCGGUUCCUGUCCGGCUGCGAGGGCGUCCCCGCCGACGUGCGCGCCCGCCUGCUGGGCCACCUCUCCGCCUGCCUGGGACAAAUCGUGGCCGUGAACUACCCUCCUGCUGCAGCGGCGCAGCCCGCGGCGCAACCGCUGCACGUGCAGCUGCCGCUUCCCUGCAAGGUGAACCCGGCCGAAGCCCUUUCCCCCAAGGUCUACGGAGGCUUCCAGCUCGUGCCGGCCGCCGAGGGCCCCUUCGCCUUCCUCAUCCCCAGCCCGCCCUUUGCGCCCAGCUCAGCGCCGCCGCUCGCCCCGCUCUACGGCAGCACGGCGGGCGCUGCCGCCCCGGCCGCGUCGCCCGUGCGCGGGCUCACAGCGUUCGCGGCCGCCCAAGCCGGGGGGCCCGGCGGAGAGCGCGGCGGAUCCGUCUGGAGGCCUUGGUGACCCGUCCUGCACGGCCAAUUCCCCCCCGCUCUGGCUCCGUUCUAUGGAGCCCCAUUACAGUUUAUUUUUUUUGUCCUUUUUUGUCUUUUUUUAUCAGA